AUGGAUUCGGAAAGGGGACCGGGCAAUGCGCCAGGCGUGCCCAAGAGCGACCGUGGUCUCAGAAUUGCAAUUAUUGCUGUGACUCUGAGCAGCAAGAUUGCACACAUUGCCACCGAUAUUUUGACCCUUCCAUACAACCGAUUUUAUCAGCAAAACACCUUACUGCCAAUAUUAGCCAUCGCUAGGGCCGUCGAAGAUCGUGAAUCCGAUGAGGAGAUAUCGGCACAAUUGAGGCGAUGGCGGGAUAGAAAGUUGAGUGAGUUUCAACUCGUCCAGGUUGCUAGCACCUUGAUCUCAGCCGCCGUCAUCGGCUGCUUUUCCUGGCCGCCUCCCGACUCACUGCACUGGCUUAGCCCAGCCUUUUGGCACGCGAGCAUUUCCUUCUCGCUCUUCGCUAUCCUCCUCGCUGCUUCGGAGCAGUUCAUCUUUCAGACGCUUCACCGAUCUCCAACACCGCGCAACGUCGAUAAGGACCUCGCCAUGAUCCUCUACAUCCGUCGCAGCAGGGCCGUCGAGCCCAUGCACUCACCCCUCGAGGAGGUGCCGCCCAUCCCGCAGAUCCGUGCCAUCAAGAUCAAGAAGAAGGGAGGAUGGAUCCCAAAAGAAAUGCCGUUUGUAGAGGUUCGGUGGAACAUGAUAUUCACGUGGCAGGCGCCAAUGAUGUUGAUGGCCUACUCGGCCAUUUGCUUCCUCGGCGGGUUGACGGUUUAUGUUUGCGCGCCGUUGUAUGACGGCCAGGGAUGGGUUGGGGCAAGCAAGGCUGCCGUGUUCUACCUCGUCAGCUUCUUUUUGUGCGGCAUCACCUUUAUCUGGUGCGCUUUAUGGGCGUACCGGUUUGUCGACCUGGAGGAUCCUUAG